AGAAGAAAAAUCAAAAUCGAGUAUAUUGAAGACAAGUCUCGCCGGCAUAUUACCUUUUCCAAAAGAAAGGCUGGGAUCAUGAAAAAGGCAUACGAACUAUCCACUCUUACUGGAACUCAAGUACUUUUACUAGUAGCCUCUGAAACUGGACAUGUAUAUACUUUUGCCACUCCAAAACUGCAGCCAUUGAUUACCAAUCCUGAAGGCAAAAGCAUCAUUCAAUCGUGUCUGAAUACUCCAGAUGAG